UGUGGGUAUGAUUACAUGCAAUUCUCACUUCCUUCCCUGCUGGAUGAUGUUGCUUUUGUGCUCUCUGUAAUAGAUCCUAAUGGAAAGCCUCACUACCUGCACAACAACUCUGCCUGUGGCACGUGGGUUGGACAGGAUUCAGCUGGAUCUAUGACAGUUGGUGCUUCAUUUGAUGGCUGCUUUAUUAAAGAAGAGGCUGGGGAACAUGUGAUGACUAUUAGUCUGGAAGAAAUCCUCCGUAAUGAGAAAUCUCGCUACCGCAAAAAGGACAUUAAGUGCCCAAUUCUUCCAGCAAUGGAUGCUCCCCGUGGUGAAGACUGUUCUGCUAUCCCAAAUGCUGACCGUAUUCCAUGUGCCAAUACAAGUGUGUCCAAAGAGCUCUGUGCAAGUGUCGGAUGCUGCUACACCCAGAGUAACUCUGAUAAUCCCUGUUACUAUGGAAACCAAUUGACUGCCCAAUGCACUGAAGGUAACAUGGUGGUUGUUGUGUCAAAGGACAUCACUUUGCCGUCUCUGAUACUGGAUUCAGUUAGUGUGGUUGGUGUGGAUCCCACCUCGUGCCCUAGCUUGGCAAUCUCAAAAACAAACUCAUUUGUUGGCUUCAGGUUUCCUUUGUCAUGCAGUGCUGUAAAGGCAUCUGACGGCAUGAGUUAUGAAAGUACACUUGUUGCAAGCAAACUGAUACAAACAUGGCAAGGAUCCUCUGUCACAAGGGACAGUACAAUGAGGUUGACUGUUCGCUGCACUUAUGGAAAAACUGGAAUGAUCCCACUGCAAGUUGAAGUAGUAACCUUGCCGCCACCUCCUCCAGUGUCCACCCCAGGACCUCUUCUGUUGGAAAUGAGAAUAGCUACAGAUGGAGCGUAUAAUUCAUACUUUGCUGAUGGAGAUUACCCUGUGGUCAAAGUGCUCAGAGAACCAGUUUACCUGGAGGUUCGGAUUCUGAACAGGAAUGAUCCUAAUUUGGUUCUUAUCUUGGACAACUGCUGGGCCUCAAACUCUGCUAGCCCUACUGAUUAUCUGCAAUGGCCAGUUCUGUUUAACAGAUGCCCUUUCCCUGGAGACAACUACCUCACUCAAGUGAUGCCUGUUGGCACACCUACACAGAGCAUGCCUUUUCCAGCCCACUACCAGCGUUUCAUGGUCAGCACCUUCACUUUUGUGGCUCCCGACACUCAGGUUGCACUUAGUGGACUGGUUUUCUUUCACUGCAGUGCCUCAGUAUGUAUCCCAUCUGCCAGAGACUCCUGCAGUGUGAAUUGCUCACAAAAGAAAAGGAGAAAUGCUGAUGUGGUUCUAGGACAAUCGCUAAUGGUUACUUCUGAUGGCCCUGUGAUCUUCAGUGGGAAUGACAACACUGCUGAAAGUGAAGGUGAAAUGGGGACAGGACACUUCCCUGAGGUGCACUGGUGUUUAGUCAAGGCUUGA